AUGACAAGGGGGGUAGUUUCAUGUAAGAAACGAUGGUAUAAGAUCAAUAAGGUUGUUGCACAAUUUGCUGGUUGCUACGAUCAAGCUAGUCGAAACAUAAGGAGUGGUUCGAACGCUGAUGAUAUAAAGGAGUUGGCAUAUAAACUUUAUUCCACAUAUUAUGAUACACCAUUGGCAGAUAAACCCGGUGUGGACUCUCCCAUUCGCCCACAAGGAUCAAAGAAGAGCAAGCGAAAAGGUAAGGAAAAAGCACAAAUAUCUGAAGAUCUUAGCAAAAAAAAAUCAUCGGUUGUUAAAAAACUAUCUCUCAUGGAAGAUAUUAAGAAUGUUAGAGAAAAGGAACUAAUGGACAGGGAAAAAGAAAGAGAAGAGGAAAGGGCACAUAGAGCAAAGAUUAUGGCAAUGAAAGAGAAGGAGUUACAAAUUCAAGUGGCAAUGAAAGAACAAGAAUUACAAACUCAAGCGGCAAUGAAAGAACAAGAAUUACGAACUCAGAGGUAUAUUAAAGAAAUGGAGAUAAAUGCAAAAGAAAGGAAAAUGGAAAUGAUGUCUAAGGAAAGGGAAAGGGAAAUGGAUAUGCAAAUACUUAAUGCUGACACGUCUAUAAUGAGUGAAAUCAUUAGGGUUGAUGCAACUAGAAGAAGAGGCUUGUCACCACUCCAAGAAUGUACCGCUGCGAUACGGAUGUUAGCAUAUGGCGUAGCAGCUGAUGUUGUUGAUGAUUAUGUGCGCAUAGGCGAGAGAACUACAAUUGAAAGCUUGGAAAAAUUUGUUGAAGGUGUCUUUUCGGUGUUCGAGGAUGAAUACUUGCGGAAACCAAAUCCGAAUGAUGUACGACGCCUGCUACAAAUGGUGGAGGGUCGUGGCUUUCCUGGCAUGUUGGUAGGAUUGACUGCAUGCAUUGGCAAUGAAAAAAUUGUCCAAAGGCAUGGAAAGGUAUGUACAUGA